CCCAAACAGCAUAUACCAGUAUCACCAACAAAGGCAGCAACAAUUAUUUCAUGGUCAUUGUACUUAUUCUAUACCUAAGUCAAGAAUUUACAUUAUAAAACUGCGAAUAUGGGUGUCACCGAUAAAUUGAAGAAUAUGUUGCAUUCCGACCGUUCGGACACUGCCACCUCCUCUUCCACCGAACCCACAGCUGACACCUUGAGCUUACCAGGCGCCUUCCCACCUACACCUGCUGAAGGUUUUAUUUUCACAACACCAUCAGCAAGUACAGCCAACCCGGGCCGCUCUGAGUAUAUCACCAGCAAUGAUGCCUCCAACGUUGACACCCACGGCAGUCACAACUCCCGCGUAGCUAACGCUUCAGACCCCAGGAUCGACAGCGACCAGGAACAUCACGCUAACCUUAGCACCUCAGUCGGAGACCAUGAGUAUACCAGCGAUCUUGCCUCAGGGGCCCUGGGCAGUAUUGCGGGCAAGGGAAGCCACGGCGUCGGCAAAGGGCUGGCUUCAGAUUCUCUGGACGGUGCUGCGGCUGGUGGAAGCCAUGGUCUGCAUAGCUCCUCGGCGACUGGUGGACCAAGUACCACUUCGAGCCAUAACCCGCUAAGUACGUGUGAGGGCGAAGCUGGACCUCAUGACUCCGGACUAGGCAACGCAGCCGAUCCUCGAGUCGAUACGGACAGAGACGCUAGUCGUGCCAUUGGGAAUAGCACUGGACCUGGUGUCGCUGGAAGCCACAGCUCCAAUCAUACUUUUUCGGGUAUUCAUGACACUGGUACGACUGGAUCUGGCAUCACCGGAAGCAACAUUGAGAACCCACUCGCUUCCGAUACGCGUGGAUCUGCUGUCCAAGGAAGCCAGAAGUCCAACGUUCUCUCUUCAAAUACUCACAGUCCUGGUGUCCUUGGGAGCCACAACCCCCUUUCCUCUUCGACCAAAGAUACAACCGGACCCGUCGGGUUGACGGUCCGCAGCUCUCAAAUAUCCAACACCUUCUCUUCCGAUAGCCACAGCCACAACACAACCGGGUCCAAACUCAUGGGACCCCAAGACUCCUACACAAAACUAGCCUCGAGCGCCAUCCUCAGCACCGGAAUCCAUAACGGUGUAACCGGAGCCGGUAGCAAACGAUCACGCCACAGCAGCACCGGCGGCGGUGGGAUCAUGGACCGCACUCUGAACUCGUACAUGUCAGUCGGCAACGGAUUCCACUCCUCUAAUGUCGGAAACUCGUCCUCGCUCCGCGACCAUAGUACCAAAAGGUACGAUACCGCGAGAAACAGCCAGGAAACUGGCGUUGGUGGCGGGAGUUGGGUUGGUGCCGACUCCAAGUCGAGCGAGAGGCAUCAUAUGCGUGAUUUGCACGAGAGUGGGAUUACUUCUGGAUUGGCCAGGGGUCAUGGUGGGAAUGGCAGUGGUGUUGCACAGAACGCGAUUCCGCCAAGUGAAGAUAACGCUUUUGCGCCGGGGAUUAGUAUGUUGGAUGCGGUGUUGAAUGCACCUGGGAGUACGACGAGGCAGCAGCGUGGACAGUAACAAGCUGGUCUUGGAAAUUCGUCUGGGUCUCGUGGUUAACAACUCUCUAGUGUUACCGGCCAGUCACAAUCCGGGCUCAGCCACGGUGUAGGUGGUUUGACUGGUGGAAGUCGCGGUGAUCAGUACGCUAUUGGUGGCAUUGCUCAGAGGACUCUGUAAAUAAUAAAUUAGUUUGACAUCCACAGUACGGCACUGUUUGGCAGAUAGUUUUAAAACAAUAUCAAUUUUUCAUAGUUGC